AUGGACGACUUGCUGGCCGAGCUCUUGCAGCAAGAGGAAGAGCCUGAGGAGGCGGAGGCAGAGGGGGCAGAAGAGGCAGAAGAGGCAGAGGACGCAGAGGACGCAGAGGACGCAGAGUGGGCAGAGGGAGCAGAGGGGGCGGAGGAGGCAAAGGAGGCGGAGGAAGAGGAAGUUCCAGCUCCAUCCGAGGAAGCCCCGCCGACCACACCUCCAGAAAAGGCAGAGGCGGAGACAGUGAAACCCGACGAUGGCAAGGCAGCAGAUGGAGGAGCAGAGCCGGCUGUGGAAGCUGCCGCCGCAGCCGCGGCUGCAGAGCCCACGGCUGAGGAGCCGGCGGCCACAGAGCCCGAACCAAAGCAGGAAGCUGAAGACGCAGCGGCAGAACCCGCAGAGGGAGAAACGAAGCGUCGCAGACGGAAGAAGCCCAAGGAAAAGGAAGAUCAGGUCGAUGCGGCAGAGGCAGCCACUGAUGCGAGCGAAGCCGCAGGGGGCCAGCCGGCAAGCAAGGACCCCGAGGAGCCCGCAGAGGCAACAGCAACAGCGCCAGCCACGCUGGCAUCAGCGUCUGAGUCCAAGGUAGACGCGGCUUCAACCCCGGCAGUUGAUGCAGGGGAGGCUGGCAAACGGGACGAGAGUUCAAGCGCAGAUGGGCAUGCUGUCGCGGGUGCGACAGCAUCUCGGAAAAGUGCAGUCGGAAAGGCCCCAGCAGAAAUUGACUCUGCAGAUGGGGCUGCAAGCCAGAAAGUCGCAGAAGCUGGCGAGGCCGCUCCCCCGACAGAAAAGCCCGCCGAGCCUUCAGAAGAGGCUGCGAAGCCGGCAGAUCCUGCCCAGCCCGCCAUGCCCGAGCCUGCGGAGCCUGCGGACGUGAAGAGCGACCCCAAGAGCGCCGCAAAGACCCCGGCGGUGAGCGACAGCGACUCGAAGACCGCAGAUAUGCCGAAGCGCUCCGCUGCGGCGGAGCAGGCGGAGCAGGAGCAGGCGGAGCAGGCGGAGCAGGCCAAGAGCGACUCCGGCCGGAGCCCCGAGGAAACUUGGGAGUGCGAAGCAGGCGAGGAUGUAGGUGAGUUGGGGAUUUUCCCUGCAGCCUUUCCGCCUGACCCGGUGGAAAUCUACUCAGUGACCGAGGGCUCUUGGGCGGCAGAGGAGGGUGUCGUGGCAGGCGAUGUUCUUGUGGCCAUUAAUGGCAAGCCCGUUCCGGACAAGAAGGACAUGAAGCGCCUCAUGAGGGAACGACCUCUUCGCCUCACUUUUCAGAGGCCGAGUUUUGAAAGCCCCGAGGAGUCCCAGGACGAGGCAGAGAUGCCGGGCUUCGAGUGCAAAGCUGGGCCGGAGGUCCCGGAUCUGGGAAUCUACCCCUCGGCCUUUCCACCCGAUCCGAUGCUCGUGGCCAGGGUCACCGAGGCUUCUUGGGCAGAAGCGCAGGGCAUCUUGCCCGGAGACGAGCUCCUGGAGAUCCAAGGGAGGGCGGUUCAAGAGAUGACCGCGAGGGAAGCGAAGCGAGCAAUGAGGGAGAGGCCUCUUCUCCUGUUCUUCCACCGGUCAGAAGAGCCGGCUUCGGCAUCCUCCUCGGCGCCCGCCUCCCCACCGCCGAAGCCGCGAAAGUCCAGGGCACCCGAGACACCGGACGAUGUGCUCAGCCAGGCUCGGAAGUCCCUGGCGGCCAUCCUGCCCGACGGCAUGAACCCCUUGCAGAACACAGCGGCCCAGUCGAGCUCCAGCGCUCGCAAGUCCAAAAGGGCAGAGUCCGGCGAAGGACUGCGAACCUCCAAAGUUGUCUUCCAAGAAGAGGCAGCGGAGGAGGACGGCUGGGAUGAUGACGAGGACGAUUGGAAUCAGCCCGUGGCUCAGAAAGGCGCCAAAGGCAAAAAGGACGAGAAAGGCUCCGAGAAGAAGAGCGACAAGAAAGGGAAAGACGGGAAAGACGGCAAGGAGAAGCCGAAGCAAGGCAAGGAGAGUGACAACAAGAAGGAGAAAGAGAAGGAAAAGGAGAAGGCGAAAGAGAAGCCGAAGGAGAAGGGUAAAGAGAAGGAGAAAGCAAAGGAAGCUCCGAAGGAGAAGGAGAAGAAGGAAGAAGCUCCGCCGCCCCUGCUUUGCUUUGCCUCCGCAAGCGACGUGCGCCUGGGUUUCAAAGUCGACUGGCCACCAAACCCCACCUACGUCAGCAAGGUCGACCGAAACAGCUGGGCCGAGAUGGCGCAGGUAGAAGUUGGUCUGCGGUUAGACAAAGCUGGCGGCAAGGAUGUGGCAAAGAUGAGCAAGGAGAAGUUGAAGAAACUACUUGACGAGACUAGGCCUCUGGAAUUGGCCUUUGUGAAGGACAAGAAGAAGAAGAAGCCGCCAAGCGCCAAGCCCGAGAACGAGAGCAUGCUGGGAGGAAUGUUUGGUUGA